UGAUUUCUAUAAAAAAAUGUAAUGCAGGAAUUGUUAACAUAAAAUUUACAUAAGUUAUUUGCUAUUUUCCAUCAUAUUUUUGAAAUUUUAGUGAAAAAUAAACUAUAAGCUAAGUUAUACAGAUAUCAAGAGGAAUUUCCCAACAAGACCUAACUCAGGCCUAGCCUAGUUCUAUUUCAGAACCUUGAGAAAAAGGAUUAAAAAAAAAUGACUUCACCAACAUUAUUGAGUGGUGAGAAAAUGGUUCUGACCAACUCCAAGACUAACUUUGAGCUACCACCUGUCGGAGUAAAAGAGUUUGAGCCAAAUCACUCAUGGCUCGAACAGAAGCAGAUUCAAAGUGCUCUCGACAGUCGUAAAACUCUCUUGGAGGCAGAGAGAAUUGAAAAAGAGAGUAAUUUGAUGUCAGCUGACUGGAGACCUGAUAAGCACAAAGCCGCAGUCAGUCGUAAAAGCAAACACUGGGAGACAUUUGGCCAUCAUGCGGAAGAUGCAGACUGGUUAUUUCCAGAAGAGGUCCUUUUCCUGUUGGAAAUGAACUGUCUGCAAUGUUUCCACGGCGAAGUACCUCUGUCCAUACAGAAGGGGUAUUCAUUGCUUCUGAAACCUGAGAGCGGAUGCACUAUGGAUGAGUACAGAGUGUUCGCUCAUUUGUGUCGGGCUGGUUACCGAGUGCUACGCCAUAUGCCAAACCUCACUGUGACUGCUUACGAGAGGACAAUAAGACUGGACCAGCAUCUUACAGAGCGCAAGACUUAUAGUGGUGUGAAAGUUCAAGAAAUUACCCUUAGAGAUGAAACUGAAGCUGAUAUUGAGAGUGCUGAAGUGGUGGUGGAGAGUAAACCACAUAAUAUUGCAGGAAUGCAAAAAGUACCUGAGAAAGAUGUGCGAGAGGAAAGCAGUGAUAAAAAUCUAUGUAACAGUGAAAAAUCAGCACCUUGUAGUAUUGAGCAUUCUAAAAAUCUGACGAAGCAAAUCCCUGAAGACAUAGAGACAGAAAAUGCUGAGGAGCUUGCUAUAGAGAAAGAUACAGUUGAGAUACCAAGUAAUGGCAAUCUAGCUUCAGAUAAUCUUGAAAAUAUUGAAGUUGAAGUUAAAACGGAUAAUGUAAUUGUAGAACAGCAUAAAAAGCAAAAACCAGACGAUGACACUGAUGGAAGUGAUUCUGAUGAAAUGAUUAGAACUUGGAAUGAAGCUUUAGAUAACCUUCAACAUCCUGACUCGAUGGAAAAUUCCAUGGAAGAUACAGUGGAAGAAAAAGAUAAGAAACAUAAUACAGACGAUGACACUGAUGGAAGUGAUUCUGAUGAAAUGAUUAGAACUUGGAAUGAAGCUUUAGAUAACCUUCAACAUUCUGACUCGAUGGAAAAUUCCAUGGAAGAUACAGUGGAAGAAAAAGAUAAGAAACAUAAUACAGACGAUGACACUGAUGGAAGUGAUUCUGAUGAAAUGAUUAGAACUUGGAAUGAAGCUUUAGAUAACCUUCAAGAUUCUGACUCGAUGGAAAAUUCCAUGGAAGAUACAGUGGAAGAAAAAGAUAAAAAACAUAAUACUGAUGAUGUGAUAGAAGAUAAUGCCAAUGAGGAGAUUUUUGUUGAUGAGAGUAAAAGUUUGGGUAAUUUUGAAGAAAGAUCUGGAAAGAAGACGGAAGGUAGUGCGGAGGGUACAAGCGCACAAGGGAAAGAAGACGAACAGCACAAAAAGCGCAAGAGCGAUGAUGUAGAAGAAAAUGUUGAUGAGGAAAUAGGUAUUGAUGAAGGUUCUGAAAAAAAGGCCAAAGAAAGUGCCCAAGAUGUAGCCAUAGAAAAUCGGAAAAAGCGUAAAACUGACAAUGAUUUAAUACAAAGAGUUGAUGUCGAAACACCUUUAACUGAUGAUAAUGUUGAACCCAGUGUUAAGUAUAAGGUGGAUGAUCGUGCAGAGCAUACAGUCGCAGAAAAGUGCAAUAAGUAUAAAAAGAAUAAUGAUGUACUAGAAGAUCGAAUUGAUGCAAAAAAGUCAUGUGAUCAAAAUCAAGCAUCCGUUAAACUUAUAGAAAAUAUUGAAGAGAUUAAAGAUAACCAAGAGAAUAUGGACACAGAAGAAAAAGAAUCUUCUGUUGAAAUCGAAGAAAAUUACAACACAAAUUUACCCUCAACAAGUACGACAGAAAAUGUUUUCAAUUCAACCCAAGAAUCUACUGAAUCAGUGAAAAUGAAUUCAGAAGAGGUGAAUGUAUCUAAGAAAACUUUGAAUAGCCCUGUUGGAAUGUUAACAAAACGGAAGCUACGCAAAAUUCAAAGAAGGAAAUUUAAGCUUGCUGAGAAAACCUUGGGGAUUCUUCGAAACAUGUUUGCAAAAAAAUCUACAAAUCUAAAGAAACAAAGUCUAGACAGUAUUAUAAAAAAAGCAAUGGAGAACCAAAGUGGUGGAAAACAGAAUGAAGGAUUUCACUCAAAAAUCAGCUCACUGUUUGAUCUGGAAGAGGAUGUUCCGGUGUGUCCCCCAGAACGAUGGCAGCCGCCCAUAGUUAUUUCUGAAAUCCCGGAAGACGUGGAAGUAAGAUUUGGAUACACAUCUCCUGUCAAACCGAGCACAAUCACUAGGGAACCUAUUGAAGUCAUCGAUAUAGCAGACAGUUCAUCAUCAUCUUCAUCAGAAGAAGAAGGAGAAAAGAAUAAAGAUGAUGCUGAAUCUGACAGUGACAUAGAAAUUAUUGACGAAAUUCCAAAUCCAGUUUAUGAGAAUCUAGGGGACGAUGAAGAUUAUGAAAUCGUAGAAGUACCUGUACCAAAAAAAGAAAUUAUUGUUGAGACUUUAUCCUCUGAUAGUGAAGAAGAAGAGGAAGAUAAUAGCAGUAGUUCAGAGAGCGAGAAAAGUUAUGAUGGGAAUUGGAAGCGAAGCACGUCUAGGAAAAAGAAGUUUGUAAGGCCCCCGACAAUGAGCCAUUUGACUUUUGCAUCUGUCGAUGAGUUCUGUGAAGAAAAGAAACCUUCAGAAAAAAAUAUCAAUGCUGAAAAUAUUGUCAAUUCUGAAGAUCGUCCAUCUUCAGGAGCUAAGAGACCUGUGUUUCAAGUGGAGAAAUCAAGGAACGAAAUUUUGGACAUGAUGCCCACAAUGGCUGGACAAAAUAAAAGGUUAAUGACACUUGAUAGUCCGGAUUUGAGACUAAUACCAGAUAGUAUUGUUCUGAAGCAACCCUCAUAUAUCUACAAUACCAAUGUAUUGCGAGCUAGAGUAUUCCGUCAGGGGUUUAGAGGCAGAAGGAACUUUCACGGCCCAAGGUUCAGUAGUUUCAAUCCGUACUACAACAACACUGUUGAUAACUUCUACCCCAACCAGCCCUUUGGAGGACCACAAGCUGUAUUUCAAACUCCCCAGUUAGCUCAGAUUUUGGGUGGAAAUGACGUCUCUUUAGUCGCAAGAGGUGUAAUGCAAAUUGCAUCUGCACUAAUGAUGAAUAUGCCACAGAAUAAUAUCAGUAAUGGAAUAAUCCCUUAUAAUCCUAGGCCACGUUUCCCUAUGCACCAAAACUUUCCUCCCAUGGCCACGCAUCACUUUCCACCAGUGAACCAAAACUUAACAUUUAAUGAGCCACGCAUUUUAAAUCGCCAUGCUUUUAACCUGCCUCAUAGAAAUAAUCCCAGUUUUGAAAAUCUCUUUGAUAUGCCACAGACAUCCAAUUUUGGAUCUCCUAAUCACAUUAGAUUCUCUGAUGACUCCAAUUCACCUGUUGUUGAAAGCGAUCGCAGUAUCUCCGUGGAUGGUGAGUUUGAUUUGAGCAGCAGCCAUCAAAAUGGAAGAAAUUUUAGAAACAAUCAAGGAAAUUUCAGGAACAAAAGAGGAAGAUAUCCGAGGAGUCACCCAAACAGAAGAGGUGGAUUUUCUCAACAGAAUUCAAGAGGAGGGGCAUCGCAAAGCCAUCAGUUUAUAGAUCCUGCGUACAUUAAACCUGAUAUCCCUCUUCCUGGUGUUCCUGGUGAGGAAAAUUCAAAUUCUCAGUUAGACUUCAUCCCAAUUCCAUCUUCAAAUUCGUCCAAUAAACCUGUGGAAAUCAUCAGUAUUGAUGACAAUGAUGAUGACUUUGUGCCUAGGAGAGGUAUGAUCAGCAAAAUAGCAUAUAGGACAGAAACAAAAAGGAGAAAAAAGGAGGAAGCAAAAAAGAGAAGAGAGGAGGAAGCAGUGUCUCAAAAGAGUUGUCCUAAUGCAAACUCCAAAGAGAAUACGGUCCCAGAAAUUAUUUUUCUCGAUAGUCCUGUAAGCAACUCUUCUUUUUCACCCGCUGUCAAGGAAGAAAAUGAAACUACUGUUCGGGUCAAAUCUGAAUUGUUGAAUGAACAAAGGAACGUAAAACAAGAAGAAUCAAAUCCAACAACAGCUAAUGUGAAACAAGAAUCUGCCGAAGGCUCUACAGUGAAAGAAGAAAACCAAACAGGAGUUACAGUGAAAUCUGAAGAAACUGCUCAGUCAGCAGGAGUCAGUGGUGUUAGAGUAAAGGUGGAACAUGGCGAAGCUGGACAAAGUGUAAGGGUAGAGAUUAAAAUUGAAAGUUCCAGUGAUACCUCCUCUGUUGUUAGUUUACCUAUAUCAAAUCUAGUGAAAGAAGAACCGUCACAAGUCAAGGAAGAAAAUAUUGCUAUAAAAACUGAAGAUGCUAACAAUGUGAAAACUGAAGAAGAUAGACAUGAACUAAAAGAAGUAUUAGAUCCUGUAGUGCAGGUUGCAGAGGUAGACACUACUGAAAAUACAGAGAUGGACACUAUUGAUAAUGAAGCUGAAAGCUCCAACAAAGAUAAUAGUGAGGCUGUUUCAAAUAUGAGUGACAAUAUCGUUCUAGCUGGUAGUGAAGAAGUAAAUAGUAUUGAAAGCUGUUCAAGUAGUGAAAAUGUGUGUAACAGAACUGAUAUUUCUGAAAAUUCUCCUAAAGGAAAGGUGUCUACUUGGGCAGAUGUAAAAAAGCAGAAUUUACCUCUCUCUACUUCCCAAGACGCAGAGAGUCAAGAUGAAUUUGAUAAUGAAGAAGAUGAAGAACUCAAGCCGUUGUUAAGACCAAGACAUUGUAAAACAAUAGGUACCGUCCUAUCAGCCCUUCAGAUCUUCAGUCCUUUCAGUGCCUCACCACCUGAAGAUAUUUUAAGGCUGAAGAUCAGUUUUGACUUGUACCUUCCAGUAGAGUUCCGUAAAUCCCACCGCGGCCUUCCUCAGUACAGGAUUGUUGUUUUCAAAGGAACAGAUCCUCUGCCCAGCCCAGCCCAGCUGCGGGAAGUCAACCAGAGGUUUCAAGACAAAGUACCAGUGUUGAGUGCAGUUGUCGCACCUGGCUCUGUUGUGUUUUACACAUUCUCCAACGUCCAACUGCCACAAGACUCGACGUCUUACAGCAAAUGAUACCGGCCAUGGGUAUUGUGGAACGCAGAAAAUGGUAACAUUCCUUGCAGAAUUAAAAAUCCAAUUACUAAGCUAAGUUAAAGUUUUGUGUUUUCUAACUUACUUUCUGGUUUGUUAAGUUUUAAAAUAGUAAUUUGCUAUUGCAGAAAUGUUGAAAAGUUUGCUACCUAGAAUUGGGUGUUUCAGUGCAGGGAAAUUGUUUAAUGAAACAACCAAUCGGUGUUAUGUUAAGAGAUGUAAUCUAUUUUUUUAUUUUAUUUUGACGUAGAGCCAACGCAAUGAUUGGCGUUGUUUUAUAAAGGCAUGGAGUUGAGCUAGCAACUUUCAAAACAAGAGUCCCGGGCUUAUAGAUACAUGACAAAGGAUACAAAACCUAACACUGCUAUUUUGUGUCCCUAGAAUAGGACUUUUUCAGGGAUUAUAUUUGAACCAAGGACCAAAAAAAGUGUUCAAUUUUGUGACCUUUUUGUUGUAAAUUUACCGGCACUGGACUAAUUUUCCCAGGUAAGCUAGCUGGACUCCAAUUCUUCCCAAAACAGUUUCCUUCCACAAUUUGUUGUAGUGUUUAUUAUUUUCUAUAUUUUUUUAAUCUUGGUGUUAUUCAAAAUGUAAACUAAGUUUGUAGUAGCUAUAAGCUAUUUGCUGUGUCUCUUAGUAUUUUUCAUUUUUAACUUAAUAUUUUCAAUUUUGUCUGAUUUUGGUAUUCAUAGCUUAUUUGUCAUUGGUAUUAUCAAAACUAAGAAUUGGUGUCAAUUCUUUACUGAUUAACGAAACAUUUAAAUUAAAUUGUUCGGAAGAUGUUACCCUAAACUAAUUUUGGGAUCAGUCUUGGAAUGAAAGUAUUCUAAUUUUGAUUCUGUAGAUCAUAUUUUUGCUAAUUAUAUAAUGUGCACUUUGUUCAACCCAAAAAUUUUUUGUU